CAGGCACCGUCUGCCCAGAAGGUGCAGCUGCUGCCCCGACAUCCGUGCAUCAGUUCCCUCACCUUCCUCCCGGGCUAGAGGAGAGGACAGGGCCCCCUGCUCAGCCCCGCCUCCGCGGCAGGCUCUGGCACCCCAUGUGAGGCAGGUUGAGGCACGCCUCGCCCCGCUGGUCGCAACAGAGGGACCUGGGAAAGUUGCCGCGAUUCCAACAGCGUCUCGCUGCGGGGAGACAGGCAGACGCUCGGCCCGGCCCCUAGCUCUGGGGGCGGGGGGCGCGCGCAGCCCCGCGACUCCAACGGAAUGAGUGACCAGCCAGUUUCAUCUUUGUGGGAUCAGGGAACAACGAAAACAUAUCAAAUUCCUAUUAAUCAUCUGGACUACAAAUUCAUUGAAAAGUGCUUAGAUGUUAAACACCUGGAAAAAAUUCUCAGAAUAUUGAGGUCUGGUGAGGAAGGAUAUUACCCUGAUCUUACAUUAUUCUGUGAAAAACGCAUUGAAUGUUUAGCUCCAGGGAGCAGAGCCCUGCGAAAAGAUAAGCCUCCAGCCUCUGCAUCUGACUUUACAACUGAAGAAUGGGAAAGAAUUAAUGAUGAAAUGAAGAGCUGGGUGACAGAAAUGAAGGAAGAUGAUUAUAAAAUACAAUUUCCUGUAAGAGAAACACUUCAUGAGAGACUAGACAAUUUGCCAGCAGUUCGUGGUUCAAAUAGCUGCCUUCAUGGUGGCCAGAACAAAGAAAAUAAACAAAGAAAGAAGAAAAAUAUACCACGAGAUUACAGGGAAUGGGACAAGUUUGAUGUGGAAAAGGAGUGUUCAAAAGUUGAUGAGGUCUAUGAAGAAAAUAAUUCAAAAGCAUGCUUCAAUAUUAGUUCAAAUUUACCUGUAAUUGAAAAGAAAAUAGACACAACAGGUAUGACUAAGAAAGAGAGAAAUUUUAUUGCUAGUCGUGAAAAAGAAAAAGGUAAUGAAGCCUUUGCCAUUGGGGAUUAUAAAGAAGCAGUGACAUAUUACACUCGGAGCAUAUCUGUAUUGCCCACUGUGGCAGCAUAUAAUAACAGAGCUCAAGCAGAAAUCAAACUUCAAAACUGGCAUAAUGCUUUUCAGGAUUGUGAGAAAGUGUUAGAUUUGGAGCCUGGCAACCUAAAAGCUCUUAUGCGCCGUGCCACUGUACACAAGCAUCUACAGAAUUACCAGGCAGCUAUAGAGGAUUUGGCCAAAGUAUUACAUGUUGAACCAGAAAAUGCCAUAGCUAAGAAAAAUCUGUCAGAUAUUGAGCAGAAGAUGAAAGAUUUAGAGCCUGUACCUGAGACUCACUCCAAAGGAAAAAGAAUAGUUAUUCAAGAUGUCGAGGAGUCGGACGGUGAUGAAGAAAGAGGAGGAGAUGGAGAAGAACAUUGCAACUUUCAUGGAGAUAAAAAAACUGGUGUGCUACUCGGAGGCAAGAUUGCAACUAAAAGUGAAAUGGGGAAUGUGCAAAAAAAGUUUUCCAGCAAAGGAGAUGGCUGUAAGUCAGAGACGCAGAAGCAGAGUGAAUACACUGAGAGUAGAGUAAAAAAAGACAUAUCAGAGAAAAAGACAAUUGAACAUUUACCGGACCAUGAAGGUGCAGUUAAUGGUUAUCUAAAUGGUAAAAAAAAGAAUGAAAGCAAUGAUGUAAAAAAGGAGACCUCCAGUUCACAUGGGACAGAAUCUUCAUUCGCUGGGAAAAGCAUUUCUAAUUUGCUUCCUGCUACUGCAGCAAAACUGAAAAGUGAAGGAAAUGAGUUCUUUAAGAAUGGACAGUUUGGAGAGGCUGUGCUGAGGUACUCAGAGGCCAUUGAAAAUGUCAUCAAUUUAGGAGUGCAAAGUCAAGAUGAUCUAAGUAUCUUGUAUUCAAAUAGAGCAGCAUGUUACCUUAAAGAAGGCAACUGCAGUGACUGCAUUCAAGAUUGUAACAGAGCUCUGGAACUUCAUCCAUUUUCCCUUAAACCUCUUCUGCGACGGGCGAUGGCAUACGAGUCCAUGGAGCGAUAUCGGCAGGCAUAUAUUGAUUAUAAAAUGGUUCUACAGAUAGACAGUGGGAUCCAGGCAGCAAAUGACAGUGUUAAUAGAAUAACAAGAACUUUAAUAGAUCAAGAUGGUCCAAGUUGGAGAGAUAAGCUACCACCAAUUCCAGUUGUCCCUGUUUCUGCUCAAUUACACAAAUGGGAUGGAGGAAGCCUUACUUCAGAGACUAAGCGAAAGAAGAUUGCAGACUUUAAUGGAGAUAGUCAAUCAGAGAUGAACAGUGAAAAAGCUGAAGAGAAUUUCAGGACCCUUAAGAAUGAAGGAAACGAAUUUGUAAAGAAGGGUAAAUACAGAGAAGCUCUAAUGAAAUACAACGAGUGCAUGAAAUUAAAUUCCAAGGAAUGUGCUAUCUACACUAACAGGGCUCUCUGUUACUUAAAAUUAUAUCAAUAUGAAGAGGCUAAACAGGAUUGUGAUCAUGUUCUUCAGGUAGAAGUCUCUAAUGUCAAAGCUUUUUACAGAAGAGCUCUGGCAUACAAAGGACUACAGAAUUACCAAGCCAGUGUUGAUGAUCUCAGCAAAGUACUUAUAAUAGAUCCAAAUGUGGCUGAAGCAAAGAGGGAGCUACAAGAUAUUACCCAGUUGCUUAACAUUAAAAAUGAUGUUGGAGCCAGUAGCCAGCAAAAGCAAAGGAAGAAAAUCAAAAUACAAGAGGUGAAUGAGGGUAAUGAAGAGGAAAGACAGACCAGUACCUCAGAGGAUGCUGUGCUUAAUUACCAAGUUGCCAAAGGAGGAGCUGAAAACAGUCUGCCAUUGAAAAUCUCUGAAAAACUGCUCAUUUCAGAACCAUCUAAUGCCUAUGAGUUUGGUCAGAUUAUAAAUGCGGUGAAUGCCAAGAAGGAUGAAGCUGCCUGUGCAGAUCUUUUAACCAUUAUUGAUCCAAAAAAAUUGCCAAUGCUGCUUAGUAACAAACUAGAAGGGGAUACCAUUCUGAUCUUUAUGCAGGCACUGGAAUGUCAUCUGCUUGGGAAAGAUCCUGGUCUUGUGUAUCAGCACCUUCUUUAUCUGAGUAAAGUUGAGAGGUUUAAGGUAGUGCUGACACUUCUUAGCAAGAAUGAAAAAGAGCAGGUUCAGCAGUUGUUUGAUUCUCUUUCAAACAAGCAAAGUCACCAAUUUUCUUUAGAAGACCUGGAGAGCCUUAAAAGGGUUUAUGAACUUUAAACAGAAUUUUAAUUUUUGCAUGUGUGUAGUUGAUGUUGGUAGGCUGGGUGUAUGAAAUAUGCAGACUUGCAUGGGAUAAAGUCAGUCUUUUACCUGGAUUGUUCAAGCUGCUGUAUUUUUUUACAAUAUGUGCACAUUUAAAAUCUGCUGCUCUUUUAUUUUGUAACUACAGAACUUUUUAACCUAUAACAUACUAAUGCACGUUUGUAUUUAAUCACAUAGGUCAUAUUAUUUGAUGAUAUAUUGAUCAAAUUAGAAUAUACAUACAUAUAUAUAUAUUUAUGCACUCCAGCAGGGUCAAUGUGGGCCAGUUAAUGUGCAGCACGCUAGUGUGCACUAGAAUUCACACUCCUUUAGUGCGGACUAACACAUUGUAUAGACAAGCCCUGUCUUUACAGAAAAUACUUUGUGCUAAUUUUUUUCUGAUGUUAAAUAACUGCUUAAUGUCAUCUUUCUUGGAAUGUACAAAAAUCAUAUUUUUAUACUGUUUGUGAAAUACAGGUUAACAACAGGUGAAUCAAAAUAGAUAGUUUGUGAUGGAACUCUUUGAAGCAAUAUAAUUGUUAAAUUGUGAAGUUUUUGAAAUGGAAAAGAGGAGAGUAAUUUAUUGUUAUACGUGUGGAAAUUUUUUGUGGCAGGAUUGCUGAUGCUUUUGUACUGUUUUUGAAAGCGGUACUUAUUGGUAGUAACAAAUUUUCAUUGAUAGACCCUCUCUUGUAUUCUAUUAUUGAAAUACUAUGUGCUUAUCGUAAUGUUUUAUUCUGUUGUAAUUAAUUUUUUCUUAAUUUAUCCUAAGAAAAAGUGGCUGCAAUUAGAAAUAAAGAUAUUCGACUCUUUUGAAACUCCUAUAAAAACUGUUUAAAACACCAGUUACUCUUCUGGUCAGUCAUGCUUGAGAAGACAGACACACAAAUAGUAGUUUCACAAACUCAAUUUAAGUUAACAGUUCUGCUUUAUUUUGAGUUGUUCUAUACCAACAUUUUCAUAUUUGAAAGCAGUGUUUUUUUCCCUUUUAUUCAGUUUUUUUGUUUAACUUAACCACACUCCAUCUCCAGUGUACGUUAAACCUGUACGUGCUUUAUGAAAAUGAGAGAGAUUGGGAAUGUUAUUUUCAUGUAAAUUUGUCUCAGGCAUAUAUUAGUACAAAAUACAUUUUUCUCUAAAGGUAUAGAGAAGCAGCAGCACCAGAGCCAGCAAACAGAGUGGUAAACAGGGGAGUUUAAGUGGGAGUUCUGUUGGAGGAAAAGGGAGAAAGCAAGCCCCUGUUCCUUAAGGGCAAUGUGUGUGUUUUUUCUGUUUUGUGGUUUGUUUUUUUCCUGUUCAGUUUGCAGAGCCUAGCAGGGGUCAGUGUGCUGUGAGAGAAACUUAGCCCUGAUUAAGGGAAGGGGCUUCCCUGAUUAGGGAUCCUCUAAAGGCAGCCAUACAGUCAGUCAGCAGCACAGGAGCCAGCAAACAGAGCUGUAAACAGGGGAGGUU